ACUUGUUUUGCAGCAGCUCGGUCCCAGAGAUCCGCGUCCGAACCCACCAUGGCCGGCUCCUCGCGCGCCCUGCUGCUCCUGCUGGCCGCGCUGGCCGUGGCCCUGGCCGUGAGCGCCGCGGCCGGCGCCAGCUCGGGCCGGCGGUCGCCCCUGGUGGGCGGCCUCAUGGACGCCAACGUCAACGAGGAGGACGUGCAGCGUGCGCUGGACUUCGCCGUCAGCGAGUACAACAAAGCGAGCAACGACAGGUACCACAGCCGCGCCCUGCAGGUGGUGCGCGCCCGCAAGCAGGUCGUGGCUGGGAUGAACUACUACUUCGAUGUGAAGAUGGGCCGGACCACGUGUACCAAGUCCCAGCCCAACUUGGACAACUGUCCCUUCCAUGAGCAGCCACAUCUGAAGAGGGAAGAGCUCUGCUCUUUCCAGAUCUACAGUGUGCCCUGGUUGGGCAAAAUAAGUGUGGUGAAAUCCAGCUGUGAGAAUGCCUAAGGGUCUGAGCCAGGCUGGGCUGCACUGAUUGCCUCUUCCCUACACCUCGCACUGCCUUAGAGUGUUCUCUAGCCUGGGGUGGAGGCCCCACCCUGCUGCCGGUCUCCACUGUGCACCAGCACCCGGAGGCAAGUAGAGAAGGCUUGGGGCCUUUGUUCAACAGCCAAGUGGUUCUUCUUUUUCCUUUCUCCUCAUUGCUUCUCAAAUUUACCAGUACCAUGGUACACAUGCUCUGCUCCCAACUCCUUAAAUAAAAAAGUAGCAUUGGCUCCUU